AGACCACACAGUAGGUCCUGAGCAGGCUCUCACACACCUUUGCACUGUGAUAAGGGGAGUAUUAUUACUCUAGUAGUGGCCUGUAAAGAUAAGCUCUUUGGGGCGGGCAGUCUGCUUUUUUUUUUCCAAGCUCUCAUUCUGCCGCACCAGUAGCUCCAGAUUCUUUUCCCGGGGAAAUAAGCUGCUUUUUACUUAAACCUGUGGAGACUGAUGGAAAGUUUAGGUGCCACCACCCGACGCGGCUUGAGAGACCGGGAGAUGCUGCGGAAGAGAAAAGAAGAAGCCCAGGAGAAGGAUUCGGUUCAGUGGGCUUUAGGGGAGCAGGAGAAGAUCAAGCGGCCAAGAAGAGGAGCUGGAAGAGGACGGCGCCGCCGGUCCGAGGUGAAGCCAGAACCAGAAGCCGUGCUGAAGUCAGAACUAGAGCCGGACCGUGAGCCCCUGGCGCACAAGGAGGCUGUGCUGAUGCCUGCCGUGCCAGCACACCAAGACCAGCCACCCAUGGUGGGCACCAUACAGCAGGAGACGCCCGAUGAGGUGCAGAUGGGAGCACUGGAGGGAAACGUGGCAUGUGGGAGCCAGGCUGCUCUGAGUGAUCUGCCAUCUGGGAGCCAGAUCCCUCUGGGCAAUCUGCCAUCUGGGAGCCAGAUCCCUCCGAGUGAUCUGCCAUCCGGGAGCAAGUGUCCUCCAGGUGAUCUGCCAUCUGGGAGCAAGAGUCCUACAGGUGAUCUGCCAUCUGAGAACCAGAGCCCUCUGCUUGAUCUGCCAUCUGGGAGCCAGAGCCCUCUGCUUUACCUGCCGUCUGGGAGCCAGAGUCCUCUGGGUGAAGAAGAAAUGCUGAAACUUGCGGAAAUGAUACCAGAAGAUGUGAACACCCCCGUGGAAGACGACAAAGCGGGCAGCUUCCCCUCAGUCCUGUAUUAGCUUUCUCUCUCCAGUCUUAAUGUUCUCACUUAAAAUUUUCUGUCUGAGAGAAACUCUCAUGAGUGUUGUAAAGAGAUUUAGAGCCCCUCCUUCCCAGUGAAUAACAAAGCCAGUGUGCUCCCAGUGCUGUUUUUGGUCUGCAGAGUGGGGCUGUGCCCCCUGCCCCUCGCUGCAGGGCGCUGUCCCCACGGGCACCUGUCCCCAUUUCUGAAAGGUGCCUCCAACCCACCUCAGGGAAAUGCCAGCCCCACGGUAAAGCUGAACCCCCCUGUGACAUCCAGCAGGCCAGAGAGCUGCGGCUUGGGCUUUUUUUUUUCUCCACUUCUGACAAACCCGGCCAUCCCUGUGCUGUUAUCUGCGGCCCAAAGGCCUUUCUCACUGUCUGCUGUCCUGAUAAACAGCUCGCUUUCCUCAGGUCUGAGGAGAGCGUUGUUUUUCCUGCAAGCCAAUUAACUCUCACCUUGCUGAGCUGCACUAGACAAAGGCAAGCAGAUCCCCAUCGCAGAACAAUGACCAGCUGAACCAUACAUGUUGGUCAGGAAAGUGCCAUUUUGGGGCAAAAACGUGAGGCCCCUCUGCACAGGUGUUGUGUCUGCAGCUCCCCUGACAACUUUCAGGCCGAGACUCCAAAGAAACACGUGCCUGUGCCAUGUACCCAGAAUUUCUGUGAAAUCAGUGAAGAACAGGGCUUCCUCUCCUCCCACAUUUCACUUCUUGGCCUUCUGGCUAAGAUCGAGUGUAGUGUGUAGAUUUCAGGACUUGUGCUCUUCUCCUCUGUGCAUGUGGGGGUGGCUUUUUUUUUUCAUUUCUGUGCACCCUGACCUAGAAGGUCUUUCUCCUGGAGAACAACACCGACAACAACAACAAAAAAUAAUUAAAUAAACUUAUGGCUGAGCAUCAACAUGA